GCUGAGGGUGCCGCCGCCGCCACUGCCGCUGUCGUGGGGCCGCACGGUGCGACCGUACCAACCGCCGCAGCCGUUACAGCCGCCAACGGAUGCCAUGCUAACAAGAGGAGGAGCAGGGGGUACAGCAGCAGGGGGGGCUGCUGUUGCUGCUGCUGCUGCGGGGCCUGAUGGGAACAACAGCAGUGACAGCAGCACGGUUAGCCGGGGGUUUGAGACGGCAGAUCUGGCCUCCUUUCCCUACGAGCGUGCGCUGGUCGGCAAGAGCUAUGUGGCGGUGUUGGUGAACGCGGGGUGGCAGGCGGAGGGGGCGGUGGAGGCAUACGACAGAGGGGACGAGGCGGCGGUGAUGGCACGGCUCCGGCAGCUGCCCAUCCCCCGCCUCUGCCCCCGCGGCUUUGUGUUCGUGUGGGCGGUGAAGGGGCUCAUCCAGGGGGUGUGUCGUACGCUGGCGUCCUGGGGCUACGUGUACGUGGAGAACCUGACGUGGGUGUAUCUGACGCCGGGGAACGGGGUGGCGGCGCUGGCGGGGCGGCACUUCCGGACCAGCCACGCCACCCUGCUCAUGUUCAGGAAAGAAGGCGAGGGUCGUGACAUUGAGUUGCGGCACCAGCGCAACCCGGAUGUGGUGUUCGACUGCAUCAGGACACGGGCGGACGGCUGCGGUCGCGAGGUGCCGGCCGAGGUGCUGACCUCCCUGGAGACGCUGCUGCCGGGGGGCCGGGGGGCGUUCCUGGAGCUGUGGGCGAUGAGGGGCGUGCGGAGGCCGGGUUGGGACCAUGUGAGCGAGGUGCGACCCGCAGCUGCCCCCGCCGGGGCCGUCCCCGUUCCCCUCCACGCCGCCGCCGGUCCCUCUCCGUGAGGACUAGCGGGCUAGACACGGUUCCUUUGAUGGAAUGAGGAUGGUAGGGACGGUGGGAAUGCAGCAUUGCUGGCUCGGCGUGUUUGGCGCGCGAUAUGGGUGUGCAUGUGAUGUACAGGUGCGGACCUGUGGAGGUGUUGGGUUUGUGUCGGCUGGGUGUCGUACAUUAAAAGGCGCAAGGCAGGAGGCGGCUGGAAACCAGGUUGGGUGCGGGUGACGAGGUAUUGGGUUUGUGUCGGCUGGGUGUCGUACAUUAGAACACGCAAAGCAGGAGGCGGCUGGAAACCAGGUUGGGUGCGGAACAGGGAUUGCUGUGAACGUGUGUGGUAGCGAUCUGGAAACAUGCAAUGGGGGUAUAAAUGGAUAGGAUGCGAUGCAGCUUGGGAGCCCGGGGGCGCGUGGCGUGGAAAGGUUCUUCCUGGAAUUUGGGUUUAAAAACAUG